GGUUGAUGCAGUUUUCACACUAUGGAGUGGGAAUAGCUUCAGAGAGAGAGAGACACGAAAAUAGACACAAGAUGAGUUCUCAGCAGUUUCCCAGGGCUGCACUGCCUCCUCCUGGAGCUGGACCAGGUCAGACUUCUACUGACAGCAGCGUUCUAUGCACACAAUCAGUGGGCAGGGAGGACAGCAGCCGUGAAGUGGAUCACUCUCAGGAUCCUCCACCUGGCAGUGGCAGUGCAGGUGGAAUUGCAUCGUUCCGUGAUGAUAAGCAGGAGCCGGUGGUGGUCAGGCCCUACCCACAGGUCCAAGCUCUAGGCCAGCCUCCUGCUUUGCCUCAGCAUGUGCCUAUUCAGCCCAGCCCUCCUGUAACUGUGGCUGCCCCAUCAGUCCAACUACUACAGGGCCAUCAGUCCAGCGUCAGUGAGGGCUCAGUGAAAACUGCCCUGAAGUCACCUAUGCCUAGUCGUCUUAUAGCACCUGCUCCAGCCAUUAGCCAAGGUCAUGUUCCUGUUCCAGCCAAAGUGUCUGGACAUAUCACCGUUCCCCUUGAGAGCAGCAUUGCUCCAGCUUCUAUACCAGUGGCAACCAUCAGCGGUCAGCAGGGACAGAGUAAUCGUCAUCAACUAAUGGCCACUAACGUGCAGAUCUUCAGGGGCAGUGCAUCUGCGCUACAGAUCGGAUCUCCUGCUCCUUCCCACACUUUCACCUCCCAUCUGCCCAGAGGCGCAGCUGCUGCAGCUGUCAUGUCUAGCACUAAAGGCCCUACUGUUCUCAGACCAGCCGGAGGAGGGAACGCAGGCCCUAGCCAACCUGCAGCUGUGCAGCACAUUAUACAUCAGCCUAUUCAGUCUCGACCUUUGGUGACUGCCUCGACGGCUGUUCUGCCCACCAUGGUGGCUCCCAUCCCAGCUGCUAGAACCCAGUCCCCAGUCAUUAACACCCCUGUCACACAUGCUGCAGAGAUGAUUCAUGGGCGACCAGUAACCAUUCACCCUCCACCAACCACCAUCAACAUCCAGCGUCCCCCCACUCCCCGGGACACUGCCACGCGCAUCACCCUCCCCUCCCACCCAGCAAUUGGAACCCAGAAAGCCCAGCCCGCUCACACCGUCACACAAAAGCCGAUCUUCAACACUGUGACCCCUGUUGCCGCUGCCACUGUAGCUCCGAUCUUGGCUACCAACACUGCUACUUUAGCUACUACUACAGGCUCUGCACCACAUACCCAAAUGACCAGUAGCACUAUUGUCACCAUGACAAUGGCCUCUCACUCCUCCCAUGCUACAGCUGUGACCACCUCUGCCAUCCCUAUCGCUAAAGUGGUUCCUCAACCAAUUGCCCACACUUCCCCACGCAUCCAGCCAGAGUACCCAGGAGAAAGGACCAACCUGAUUCCCAUCUCAGGCCAUCGCUCUUCUCCAAACCCUGUCACCAUGGAGGCUCGCAGCGAUAACCGGCCAUCAGUGCCAGUGCAAUUUCAGUACUUUCUACCCACAUACCCUUCAUCCCCGUAUCCUCUGACCCACACCUACACCCCCAUCACCAGCUCGGUCUCCACCAUCCGCCCCUACCCAGUAACGGCUCCAGCUCAGAGCUCAGCUCUUCCUGCUCAGGCUGGUGUUGGUGUGGCCACCACUGUGCACUUGAACCCCAUGCUGAUGGCAGUGGAUCGCAUCGGCCUGCCAUCUGCCCAGAUCAGCACUCAGAACAUCCAGCCAGCCUCUAUGACUGCUCAGGGCAUUCAGCCUGCACCAAUAGGAGUGCAGGGGCUGCAUGCCACUGCACCAAUCAGCACCCAGAGCGUACAGCAGGCUCCGCAACAGCCACAAUCAGAAGCAAAACCACCAGGUGUUGUUUUGGCUGAAAGUCCUGCUUUUGUCACUAAUCCAAUCGGGAGCACUUUUAGUGGCACGCAGCCUGUCACUACAAUGGUGCAGACACACCCCCAGGGGGCGGCUACAGGUGCACCCACACUCAUCUCCUCCCCUCGACCUAGCAUCCUUCGCAAAAAACCUGUGAAUGAGGGGGCAGUGCGUAAAAGUCUGAUCCCAGCACAGCCAAGUGAGCAUAACGCUGGCCGAAUGGAUAGUGGGAUAAGGCUCUCGGGAUCCCCUCGCCCAGUGGGAGUGAAGCCCAAAUCUGAUGUUCAUGUUGCUAUGGCGUCCCCAGUCAUGGCACCCGUGGAGGCUCUUCCGAGCCACGGAGGUGAGCAGCAGCCGCUGUCCACUCCUGCUCAGCAUCAUUCACAGGCCAUUCCCACCCUUCUGGCUCCACCAGAUCCGACACCUCCCUCUCAGCCCACUGCUGUUCUUUCAGCCCUACCGGCAGCCAUGGCUGUCACUCCCCCUGUGCCUGCCUCCAUGGCCAAUGCAGUGGCUUCUCCCACUCAGCCAGCGGCCACCAGCACUGCUGCCCUGAGCUCCACCCUUCCAGAGGUUAAAGUGAAACAGGAAACUGAGCCAAUGGAUACUUCACAAGCAGUGCCCUUAGCUCCUUUUUCGACGGGUCCGGCUCCAUCCCUCUCCUCUCUGGCCUCCACCCUGGCCAUAUCUUCCCAACCCGGAGACCUCCUACCCGGGGCCUCUCCAAGAAAGAAACCCCGCAAACAGCAGCAUGUGAUCUCCACUGAGGAGACAGAGAUGGUGGAGACCAACAGCACAGACGAAGAGAGAGCUAGCAGCCGAGCUCCAGGAAACAGACCUGAAAGACAUGAGUCUCCACCUAGGGAAUAUGUUGAUGAGGACGGUGUUCGUUACGUACCAGUCCGCCCCAGACCGCCCCUCACUCUGUUGCGUCAAUACCGUAACCCAUGGAAGGCUGCCUAUCACCACUUCCAGAGGUACAGUGACAUCAAAGUCAAAGAGGAGAAGAAAGGCAGCCUUCAGGACAUGGCCAAUCAGAGAGGAGUAGCAUGUCGAGCUCAGGGCUGGAAAGUGCACCUGUGUGCCGCACAGCUGCUACAGCUGACUAACUUGGAGCAUGACGUGUACAGCCGGCUGACCACCCUGCAGGAAGGCCUCAUCCCAAAGAAGAGAGCUGGAGCUGACGAGGAUCUGCACCGCAUCAAUGAGCUCAUACAAGGCAAUAUGCAGCGCUGCAAGCUUGUGAUGGAUCAGGUGACUGAAGCUCGCGACACCAUGAUGAAAGUACUGGACCAUAAGGACAGAGUCCUGAAGCUGCUCAACAAGAAUGGAACUCCCAAGAAGAGCUCCAAGUUAAAGCGCAAGGAGCGGGCAUAGAUACCACUCCAUGGUGUUAAUCUUUGUCCUUCAGCAGAGUUGAACACAGGAAUGCUCUUCAAAAGCUGGACCUGUUAUGGUUUAUCAGGUUGCUGUGCACAAUCAUCUACUUUCUUUUACAGUCUCGAAAAGAGAGAGAGAGAGACGGUUGUAAACCAUCGAACUGUUUUUAUAGGAACUGCUGCUUACUGUGGACUGUUAAACUGUCCAUUGGGUAUGAGGCAGCCUGGUUAACCAAUGGUUUUUGUUUUUCCCCUAAAGAAAUUCUUUAAGUAUUUCAUUUUAAAAGAAACAUGUUGUCUUUUUUUUUUUUUAGUUUAGUUGUAGAGGCGAUGCUUUUGCUGUAAUGGACUUUAAAGAUCAGAAAGGUCAUGUUUGCUAGAUGUAACUCCUGUAUCUAGUUUGAUUCACACCAAGUACAGAAUGCACACACGCACAUGCUCGCAAGAGUGUGUUAGCUUUCCAUGUUUUGGUACCUUGUAACAUGGGUGAUUUUUUUUUUUUUUUUUGUUAAAUACAAAUGUUGAAGUUAAUCUCUCCCAGAUUAGUCAGAAAUUCCACUAUGAAAAUAUGUGGUAAUAGACUCGUACUAACCAGAUAUAAUGCCCUCUAACCCUUCUAGUUUUUUUCAUCACUGUAAACAUUCAAGCGCUAUAGUGACUGAUGGUCGUACAAAGUGUGUACUUGAAAGAAUCAGUAUAAUUAUGUGAAUUUAUAUUAUAAGAAUGUGUGUAAUGUUUUAUGUUUCACUGUAAGAAAAUUGUUCUUAAUGGAAGUGAUGUGGUUUUCACUGUUUGUUUGUUUUUUGUGCUGUUUUACAGAUAUAAUAUUGUUCUGGGUUUGAAUAAUAAUUUGGCUAUUUUGUACAUUUUUUUUUUUUUUCUUCAUUCUUACAUUCUUUUAUUUUUCUGUGUGUAACUAUUAUGUGCUAUUGCAGUAAAACUGGAUACAUUUA